UUAGAAAUUCAAAUUUUUCAGAUUAGUCAUUUGUUACGUUAUGGAAAAAUGAGAUUUAGCCCUAGUAAUGGAAAGAGAGAACGAAUUAGAGAAGUAUGAGGAGGAGAAUGAGGUAGAGGAGGGUAAAGAAGAGGUUAAAGAUGAGGAGGUUAAAGAAGAAGAAGAAGAAGAGGUGGAAGAUGAGCAGGAGGGUAAAGAAGAAGAAGAUGAGGCGGGUAUAGAAGAAAAAGAUGAGGAGGAGGGGGAGGUAGUUAUUUCUGACGAUGAAACUUAUCGACUACUAAAGGACUCCGACUCUGAAAAUGAGCUUCUACUGGACCUUGAUCAUGAUUGCAAUGAUCUUCUGGAGGAUGAGGAUUUGAACACAGAACCCAAACCUUCAGUUGAUAAACCUAUUCCCAAUAUUAAACCAGAUGAGGUUCAAACAAAGAAGAAAACAUUUGUUCCCGUCGUUUGGGAGAACACAGCGGUUCAGGGUCACGAAGUAAAAGAUGAUUUAAAGAAAACCCCGUCCUUAGCAAAUUCAAGUCUUAACGUAAGCAAUCAAGAUGAAGCUGAACAAAGUCAGGGUAAAGGACGAGGUUUGAAUGUAGGGGAUAAUUCUGAUUCAUGUAUAGGAUUUCCUAGAGUUGGAUUAAGAGACCGCCUAGAUUUAAGGAGAAAAGAAAUAGAUAAUUUCGCCAGGACCAGGAAUUCAGUUAAACUUAAUCAACGAGUUUGGAGACCGUAUCCUAAACAGCUCAUCCCUAGACAAUUUGGUAGAGGACAGUUCAGCCCUAGACCAUUUGGUAGAGGAUUUCAGCGUUGUAGUUUAAUUUCCAGAGGAGGAGGAGAAACGGGGAAUCAAGCACAGUUCGGCGGGUACGUGAAUCCUUGGGAAAACCCUGUCCAAACAUUUGGCAGAGCUUUAGUUAAACCUGAUCAAGCUAAGUUCCUGGAACAUGAGUUCAAACUUGACGGUCAACUCAGUUCAGGGAAUCAGUUAAAUAACAACGUCGAAGGAUCAAAACUUCCACAAGGCCUUCAUACAAAUCUUGGUUCUAAAUCCGCAACCAAGGAACAGAUCAACAAUGUAAGUUUGGAUCAAGACUUAAAUACUGAAGAUGAGAAAUUCAAAACCUUGAAGAACCCGAUACUAAACUCGGAUUUCCAAGCUCUAGGUAUGCCAGUAACCUCAGAGCAGUCGGAGGUACAUGGAUCUCCGAAGUACAGUUCAGAUGAACAGGAUCCAGGGAACUUCUCUAAUACCGAAGAUGCUGAUACUGAAGAUGAAAUUAUUCUAAUCCACGAGACUAGAGUUUCAUCGAAUCAGCAAAUUCUCUCUGAACCUGGUGACAUGAAUUUAUCCUCUAACCUCCCUGAUCCUACAUUUAUCCUUCCAAGGUUUAAUACAGGAGUUCCUAUUCCAGUUGGAACCAGGAUAGCGAUCCAUUGUAGAUUCUCUCAACUUCAACCUUUAAGAGGUUUGAGCGGAUCCUGUGCUAGAUGCAACAGUUUUGCUGAUUUCUGUAAACCGUGUUUCGAGGAGCAAAUGUAAGUCCGCUUCAUGCUUCAAGUCGCUAAACCCAUUGUAAAGAUGAUGUAGAUUUGUGAUAAUUUAUUCAAUUCUUCAUUUUUUUCUUUAUUAGAACUAGGGGAUAAUAUCCCUAGGGCUGGGAUAUUUAAAGAAGUUAUAAAUAGGUCUCUAAGUUUAAUUUGUUAAUAAUAAAACUACCAUUCAACAUCAAUCAUAGCUCUUGAUCAAUAGUGUCUCCAAACUAAACAAUAAACACUAUCUCUUUCUUAAUUAUGUUGUACGGACGCAUAUAUCUUUGUUUCUGUUCAAACGAAAAGAGAGAUGCAUGAAUAUCACAUGUCAUCACAAUUUUGCACUGCAAAUAUAUGUAAUCAUAGAUUUUUUAUGUUCUUUAGUGCUACCAUAAUUAUCACUUUAUUAUUUUUUUGAGAUACUGCAUUGAGAACAUUAUUCGGUAUCGAUAGUUUUCCUAAAUUCCAUUAGCUUUGCUCGAGGAAUAAAGUAGCAAUUUUUUAUUUCUUUAUACUGUGCUUUUUUUCAAUAAAAGUUGUUACAAAACUGCUUUGUGUUCAAUAAUAUAUUUUUUUCAAUAAAAGUUGUUACAAAACUGUUUUAUGUUCAAUAAUAUAUUUUUCUUCAAUAAAAGUUGUUACAAAA